AUGCUAAGUCAUCAUUGCUGUAAGUACUUCAUCUUUAGUCCAAAGUCAGAAAAUAUCAGAGCUGUUAUUGCUAAAAAUACUUCACUAUUGAUUCUAAAUUAUGAUGAAAAAUGUGCAAUAGCCUAUCUAGGUUGUACACAAAAGCUUAAAUGUAAAUAUAAAAAACCAAAUGAACAAUCUGUGAAGCAGUUGCAAAUACAAUAA